CAUAAUAAUAAUAUCAUACCAACACUGAUCUCAUUGAACUGCUGACUUUCGGCACUAAGAGUUUAAUAAAAAUWCAUUAAAGGAUUGGUGUAAUCAUGGCACGCUUCAUCCCGAGGUAUGGAUUAUACCCGCUUCUGAUCUGCUUUCUACCUCUCAUUGCCGUCCGAGCAUUCAUCUCCAUCCAUGAGUUUGUUCCGACCGAUUCAGCUCUGGGAGCAUCACGUCGAGAAUUCGGGGCCAUUGCCUUCGGCGAAUGUAUCGCAUUGUCGARUGGUCCAGCGUUUGCGACCGGCAAYCCGUCAGUACCGAAUGAGGGUAUUCCACAAUUAUUGUUGGCUUCGCAACAGUUCCAAUCAGAUUCAUCCAACCUUCCUUCUGGAUUACUAGAAAGUCGUCUAAGCGGCGACGUUUUGGAACCACCACCAUUUGGAAUGGAAGGCACAGAUAUCUUCUAUCCUUCGUAAGUAGUAUUGUGGAUUUUAUUUCAAAGGUAUUGAUGUUGACCGAUGUCCAGAUUCCUCUGACUGAAUCCAAACAUGAUGCUCAAAUAAUGCACUUCGAAACUUGGUAUUCAUUUAGUUGGUUUUCGGGGUAUUGGAAGAUAAGGUCUGAAACAAAAGAUGUCAGGGCUCCUUGCGGAGUUGGUCUUUUUGGAGGCAAUGCAACAUUUAUUAAUGCCCAAAAAGAUAUCGGAAAUGUCCUAAGUUAUGACUGUAGAUUUUUGAAUGCGGAUUCUGGUGGUGUCAUCGCUGAUAGGGAGUACAAUGUCAAAUCGAUUGCUAAAGUAUCUAUGGGAGAAAAUAGUGUUGUUGAUGUCUCGGUUGCAACUCCAAAUAAAUUUUCUUGCCUUYUGGCUCCUAAAGGUUCUCCAACGCUUUUAUCUGUAGAUUUGAUUGUACUUAAUCGAAGGCAGGAAAAAGACGACGAUCCAAACAAGUUUUAUUGCAGUGAAGUUGUAAGGGAGAUUGCGAAACCUGUUGACGAAUCACCGCAACAGCGACAGCAAAGGCAAGCCUCAGUWCUAAAAGAGAUUGAGACUACAUCGGUAUACACAUACGAUCMGAAAAAAGACGAAGUUCGUUGUACUCAGAGGUCAGCUGCAUUUUUGUUGCCAUCGUCGCAAAGCGAAAUGGCGAUGAGGAUGUGGCAGCUAAGCAGGGGACGGGCAAUCGAUGUUCGAUUCUACGAUGUUCUCUACACCCGAAGCUAGUAAAGAGAGACGACAACUUACUAAAUCCUGUUAUGAUGACACCAAACCUAUGUGUCAGUUUGGAAUUCAUUUGUUGCAGCGUUCAAAGAAAGAAUAACACAUCAAAGUAAUU